AUGGAGGAUAGCACUAUGAGUGGUCGGAGUGGUAUUGUGGUAAAGCCGUACCGCAGGAUGGAUGUGUACCAGUCAGAAGAAAAGAAACAGCCCCAAACGUUAUUUCCUGUUACUGACACACAGACCGAUGUCCUAGAGGAUCGUGUUACCUCCGGUAAUUUGGAUUGGUUGAAAAACAGUAGCUACAAACCAGAAUCACAGGAAGAAAAACAGAGACAUGAUUUGCCUGCACCUGUUUCACCAGAGGUUUCCGAUGUCUACCAAGAGCACUCACCUUUAGGACAUACUGAAUCUAAGAGACAGAAAACAGCUGAUGUUAGAAGUGACACCAGUAGAGAAGACAAUGAUCAGAGAGAUGUAGUUGUGAAAAGGCACAGGAAGAAAAUCAAGAAAGAGAAACAUAAACAUAAGUCUAAGAAACACAAACGCCACAGGUCAAGGUCAAGGUCGAGGAGUCCAGCGCCCCGUUAUAGCAAUGUCACUGAGAAACAAAGAAAGUUGUUCCAAAAUAGUGACAAAGUGUUUAUUGACGAGAUUCCAGGACUAGAGGCGGAGGAUGCUUACAGGAUUGACAGGAAAUCCAACAAAAAUAACUACAUCUAUGGAUCAGUUGUUGAUAGGCAUGUUGCCAAGUUCAAAAGACAUGUCAAUGUUUGUUUGGCUGCAGACGAUCAUCCUACAGUGUCACUCCGGGAAGAGAAAGAUCCAGGAAGCCGAGUCAAAACACACAAUAGGUAUUACAACAAGGAGAACCGAAAGUUAUUACGAUCGGCUCCACAAGCCGUCCUUAUCACCAACAAGGACAGUUUGAGUGAUGGUGAAAUGAGAAAGGAAUUCAUAUCUGUAAGCAAUACCAAAUCCGUGAGCCAGGUUCAAGAAGAAAACCAACUUAAGGUUGACAUACGAGACCAGCUGCUGGAUAGGAAGUCUUUGGCAUAUAUACAAGGUUCUGGUGUGAUCCUGUCAGAACCAGAGGACAACCCUAUACAGAAGUCAUAUCUGUGGCAGAAAAACGCCGACUACAACAAGCGUCUGAGGGAGAACCCAAAAGAUGUCGAACUUUGGAUUGAAUUUGUGAAUUUCCAGGAUAGAUUUUUAUAUGAGGAUCUAUCAGAUGAGAAGUCCACUCUGGUAAGCAUGAAUGUGAAAAAACUCCCGAAACAGGUUGUUUACGAGAAAAAAAUAAUGAUCCUUAAAAAAGCUAUGGAGGUAAACUCAUCUUGUGUUUCUCUGAAGUUAAGAUACCUAGAACUGUGCCAGAGCCAUCUGGAGGCGACAGAGGUUAAUAAAGAGUUAGAGAGUCUUCUGUUUGUGUACCCAACAGACAUCGCCUUAUGGAGGCGUUACCUUCUGUAUAAUCAGUCUCACCUCGCCUCUUUCUCUGUCACACGCGUGUGUAAACUCUACAGUACCUGUAUACAGAAACUGAUUGGCUACCAGGAGGGUUCAGUGUUCUCCCGUGGGUCCACAGAGGGGCUUGACCGCGACAUGCUAGACUUGUUUGUGCAAUACUGCUGUUUUCUGAGACAAGCCGGCCACAUGGAGAAGGCUGUAGGCUGUUUCCAGGCCCUGAUCGAGUUCAACCUUUUUUGUCCUCCAUCACUGGAGAGUUCUCAUCACCAGGACAAACAGAAUGUUUUUGAGAGUUUCUGGGACAGUGGCAUUAGCAGGGUAGGAGAAAACAAUGCUAGGGGCUGGAAAUACUGGUCAGAACAUCCCGAGGAUUUACCUUCAUCAGCAGCUUUGACACUUGAUACAGAUAUUGAACAAGAAGAACAAGAUCUACUGGCUCGGAAUGAUCCAAAAUGGAAGAUGUGGCUGAACAUGGAGCGACUGCGCGAGUCUGUCCACUGGUUGCCAUGGAGACCUGAUGUAUCGAAGGAUGAGACAGAAGAGGACUGUCAGGAUGUGGAACGUCUGGUUUUAUUUGACGAUAUAUCUAGUGUUUUGUUUACUUUGCCGACAUGGCUCCAUUUUGAAAUAGUUUUACAGUUUUUGCUUUUCCUCUGGGUUGACAUGUCAAAUGACUUCAUGGUAAGCUCGGUGAGAUCGACCGAUUGUCAGUGCAAUUUAGAUAGAGUAUCUCAGAUCCUCAACAGGAACCUGAUUCCGGAAUGUCAUGGAAUAUCAAAGUCUCCUCUUCUCAAAACAUACGUCAGUUCCCUGUUAGAACAGAUGGUCACAUAUUUUGAUAAUGAUUUGAAUUCUUACACUGUUCUCACUGCUGUUAGAUUACGCUUCUUCAAGCAGUGUAUAGGAGACAACUCCAGUUGUCUAAAACAACUAAAGAAGUUUGGUAAAUCUCUAUUAAAGGAGCCUAGAAAUAGGACAAAUUUGUAUGUGUGGAGCGAGUAUACAGCCUUGCUGUGGGAAGUGGGAGGAGCCCUUGAGGCACGUCCUGUAGUAGAAGCGGCCUUGUCGAUGCAUAGUGGAUCGGGACUAGGAGUGGAAGUGGACCCAGGGACGCGAUGUGGACUUGUACGACUACAUAGGAUUUUGACGGAGAUUAUUCUGAAAUUUCCUUCUGGGGAUUUACCGGUUUGUGGGGAAAGAAUCCAGAAUGAAGAAUCGGAGAAAUCUGCUGAGGAGGCUCGGUGGGGCCUUCAGUGUUUUGUGAAGGGAAAAAGCAUUAAAGAUCCUCGCCUGAGUGAGAAUCAACUGAUUUGCUCCUUGACCAUGAAAAAAAUGAUGACAUUGCUAGAAGGUUAUGUGGAGAACCUGAAGCGUGACGUACACGGGAAUAGUGGUAAGUGUGUGUUAACAUUACAGCACUUCUGUGAAUUCACCCGAUGUUGUGUGUUGUAUGCGUGGCUCAGUCAAAAAGACAUGUUGAAGGAGAGUAUAGGAAUAGCAGACUUGGCUUUGUCCAAGGUUCAUCUUCUCCUCCCUGACAAUCAGUCCUCCUCCCCAGACAUUCAGCAGCCUCGCUGUGAACCACAAGCGUCCAAUUGUCUACGAGUUCUGGAGGAACUGCACAAAAUAAAGGUCCGCAUGGUUGUGUGUCACAUGUCGACAUUGUCGGCACCUCUCAGCUGUUUGCGUUCGGCCAUAAAUGCUGCCCUGAGUGACUUUCCUUCUAGUCCACACUUCCUUUGGCUGUUUACCCAGACAGAAUUGAAGAUGAAUGUCUCAGGCCAGCUUGACCGUUUCUUCACUCACCGUCUGAAGGAAGGAGCACAACCUAUUCUUCUCUUGAUAGCCGUAUUGUCUCAGGUUCAGAAGCUCAGGGACCUGGAAGAACAGAUGAGGAAGGACAACCUUUGUAAGGACGGAGAAGAUGUGAAGAUUUCAGAGACCAGUAUGAUUCAUCGCAUCAGGGCCUACUGUGAUGUGGGCAGGGACAGUAUUCUUGUACAGAACUGUCCUCUUCUGUGGCGUCUUUGUCUUCAUACAGAGAUGAAAUAUGGAAAGAGAGAGCGAGCCAAAGGGAUGUUUUAUCAGGCCCUUCAACAUUGCCCAUGGGCCAAGAUGCUGUAUCUCGAUGGUGUGGCUUUGUUUGAUGAAGAAAAUCUUCUCAGCGUCACAGACCUUAUCAUGGAGAAGGAACUUCGUCUUCAAAUACCCUUGGAGGAGGUGGACAUCUUACUGGAAUAGGGAGGAAAGAGUCGGUCACAGACCUC